AUGUCACCAACUUCCGCAAGUGCAGGGAGGAACGGGGUCAGUAACAACUCUUCCAUCAGCAAACGCAAGCCAAGCAAGCGACGAGGAGGCUGGAGACGCCCUCACACCACCGCUGCGGGCAGCGUCCUCUCUGCAGCAGGGUCGCGGGAAGCCUUAGUUGCGGCCGCCUGCAGAACACAAUACCGACGGCGACGAUCAUGGCUCCGCAGCCGCACCCCAUCCUGUCGAGCCCGUGACUGUCGCCGCACCGCGCCAGACCCUAGCCAGCCUUCGCCCGCGGAGCCUCCCCGAGGCGCCGGCGCCCGUCGCCCCGCCACAGAAUGCCCUCCUGUCUCUCGGCGCCUCUCCUUGGAGCGUGCCCGGAGCGGCCCCGUCGGGCGUGCAGCGGGACGGUCCCGGUGCGAGCCGCGGGGGCCCUCCGGCCGCGAGCCCGUGCCCCCUCACCUCGCCGCCUUUGAAAUGGCCGCCCGGCGGCGCGGGUCUCCCUCCAACACACGCCCGCCGCUCCCGGGGGAGACACACCUCCGAACCGCGGCACGCCGCGGAGCCCGGGCGCUCCGACCUCCGCGCCGCGGAGCCGCCCUGCUCUCCCCGGAACACGGCGAGGCGGGAGCAAGGGUGGAAAAGGGGGCAUCAACCGCGCCGCCGCCCGCGUCGGGGAGGCGGGGGCACCGAUUCUUGCGGAGCUGUGGGGGCGCCGCACGCACUCCCUCCUCACGACGGGAAGGGUUAAUAAAGGGGUGGCUCGCUCGCUCGCCCGCCCGCCACUCCGCGAACCCCUCUGCCUCCCAGAAGUGCCGCCGCCGCCUCUGCGGAACUCGCCAGCGUGUGAGCCGCCGCGCGGAAGGAGCCGCUCCGCCUCUAACAGGGACGCGCCCCCUCCUCCCCGCCGUCCGCCAGCCCUCACCUCGAGCUGGCGCUACCUCCCCGCUCUGCCGCCGGCGCCUCGCCCGUUCGCCACUGCGCCCCGUUGCUCGUCCCCCUGGUGCCUGGCUCCGCCGAGGGCGGGUGGCCAGCCCAGCCCUCUUCCCCGCUGCCCUGCUGCGGCUGCUGCGUCUCUCGUCCCCCACUGCAGGGAAGUCGAAGCGACAAUUGCCAAGCGGGAGGAGAGGACAGGAGAGGAGUGGAGCCGCAGGCGGCUCGGACAGUGCGCAGCGUCUGAGUCUCCGGGGAUGGACUGGGCUUCGUCCUGCGCCUCAGCUUGCCCGCGGAGAGGAGGGCGGUAAUCGUCCGCCUAGCCCGCCACGGAGGAGAGGCACCCCGGUUAAAUGUCACGGCUCCCCGUUCGCUCCCCGCCGCCACCCCGCGCAUCGCUCACCUCGGGAGGGGGCUGUGAAGGUGGCGGCAGAGGCAGCCUUGGCUGCGGCGCGCCCCCCCGCCGCUCGCCGUAAAGGAGCGCCCGGGCAGUUGCCAGGUGUGCAGAGGAACACACGCUUUCAAUGGCCUUUGAAAAUAAGUGAGCAGUGGAGCUGGAAAACUUGGCAGAAAACUCUUUUGUCUUUCCUGCUUGUAUCUAUGGAACCUGGUUUGCAAGGUGCUGUGAUUGUCUUCAGGACUUGAACCUCCUGUCUUAAGGUAUGUUAUUUAUGAUUUCCAUAGUAAAAGAACUCAAUCUGAGCAUGCCUUCUAUUGCCGUUUGUACAUAUGUUGUUUCAAGGCAGUUAAAAAUUAAAUUGCUUUUGGUCUUAUGUUUGCAAAUGUUAAAAAAUCUUUUUCUCUAUAUGGAAAAUGUAUGUAUGUAUGGGAUGUAUGUAUAUUUUGUUCUUUUGCCUGACAAGUGGAUAACAGGUCAUAUAUGUCAUCAUUCUUAAAUGGAUGAACUAGCUUUAAAAAAUGUAUGGACUUAAAAGUUUUGUUCUGUUUUGUGGUUUACAUUUGUAAAUCAUGAGAUC